GGAAUUAAUAGGCUGCAUAUAUUCAUUCUUCACUCGACCGACAGCUCAGAUCCUCGACGGUUACGCUAGGAAGUGUGUAGAGGGACACGAGUUUGGUCUAUUCUUAUUUUUGUAACAAGAUGUUUUGGAGAUUGUGUCAUAAGUCAUAGAGAGUUGAAAAGAUUGUUCACUUGGGGUGAAUUAAAAAGUUGAUGCCGGUAUAUUUCAAUAUUGGACAAGAAACUUUGGUUCAGGUGGCCACAUUAGACGUCCAAGCACAAUGUAACUUGGACAAAAAGGAAUUAACCGAUUGCUUGACACCAUAAUGCUUCUGUGUUCCGGUUUCACGUCUACGUGGGUACCGUGGAUUACAAAUAACUCGUCAGCGGCUAUUUUCCAAACACCAACUUAUUGACCGAAGACGGCAGCUGUCCUUCGCAGGACAGUUACAGUCAUCGGACAGUUACAGUCACUGUUGAAGUGAAGAAAACUAUGAGUGGCAUCUCGCUGCCAAUUAUUCCGGGAGCUACCCCUGCUCCAGCAAGAGUAUCUGGAGGAUCUGACCAUGGUGGAAGUCGCCCGGGGUCAGGAGCUAGCGGUCAUAACUAUUUUCAGUCACCGGUAGGAUAUUCAAAUUACAGAACCAGCUACUCAAAUCCCCCAUCACGUUCGUAUGGUGUAGCGAAGGUCUACCACCAUCUCCCUUCACUCAAGUACAAUCCUGGGGGACAUGCGAGUCGAUCAACACACAAACAGUUAGCUUCCAAAUCUCUUACAAAUAACAUAAGGGCUCGAUACUCUGCCAGACACAGGAGGAGUCCUGGGCCCUUUUCUAAAAAUUCUGCAGACUCUCCAUAUCUUCCAACUCCCAAUUCAGAAGAGUGCCUCAAGUGUUUGCUACGGGUCCCGCAUAGAAAAUGUGAAGCUCACAAGUAUAUCAGAGUUGGCGGUGGUUACAGACAUGGCUACUGGUAUAUCAAGUGUUUAUUAGAGCAAUUAGAGAUACAGAGACAAAAAGAGUUACAGAGACUGCAAAGGCUUGAAGCUAUCAAGGAACAUCGUGUUAAAGCCAUUAAAACAUACAUUAGAACCAAAAGUGGAAGGCUGAUUGAAAAGAUCAUCUUUCUGUCAGAAGAGGAUUAUGAAGCAUUUAAGUCUGGCAAGAAUGUAGAAGAUAUCCUCAAGAAAUAUUUAACUAAAGAUGAAGCAGAAGGCCUACAGUCCUGGGAUAAAGAUGAGGUUGUUGCAAUCAAAACAUAUGUUAGGACCAAGAGCGGAAGAUUAAUUGAAAAACUGAUCUAUGUAAGCAAAGAAGAUUAUGAUGCGAUUAAAGCUGGCAAAAAAGAUGCUAAAGAAAUACUCAAAAACUACCUGAAGCCUGAAGAUGGUGAGCAGAUAGAGGGAUGGGGAGAGGCCAAGAUGAGGACAAUCAAAACUUAUGUCAGAACCAAGAGUGGACGCCUGGUGGAGAAAAUCAUUAUGAUUUCAGAAGAGGACUACCAGGCCAUGCUCAAGGAAGGUAAGGAUCCGAAUGAAAUCAUCAAGAAGUACAUCACACUGCAGGAAGGGGAGACAAUAGACUCCUGGCAGAGUGGGGAGCCAAUGAAAGCCAUCAAGACAAUGAUCAGGACUAAGAGUGGACGUCUCAUUGAGAAAACAAUAUAUGUCAGUGCUGAUGACUACGAGAGAAUGAUGAACGAGAUGGCCAAGGGAGGUGAUCCAAAUGAGAUACUUAAAAAAUAUUUAAACCCAGAAGAUGGUGCUAUUGAGUCAUGGGAAAAAGUUCCUGAGGGUAAUCCUAUGAAGGUUAUCAAGACGUAUGUCAGGACAAAGAGCGGUCGGCUGAUAGAGAAGACGGUGAUGUUGACGGAAGAUGAAUACAAUGAGUUUAUCAAGUCCGGAGGGGAUCCAAACUUUUUAAAGAAAUUUAUGGACCUGAAGAAAGGGGAGGUAAUUGAGAACUGGGAGAAAGCUUCCACUGUGUAUUCAGACAAAGAUGACCAGGAGCUUCAAAAAGCCAAAGCAGGAGAUAGAAUCAUUGGGAAAGAUGGAACCGUCUAUGAAGUUUAUGUUGAUCCUGUCACUGGCAAAAAAUAUAAAAAGAAAGUUGGCAAUGUCUCAGACAUGGACAAAGAAGGGAAAGGGAAAAAGGGAAAGAAAGGCCGGGGUGGCAAGGGAGGCGAUGGAAGUGAUGAAGAGACAGCUGAAGAAAGGGAGAGAAGAAAGAAAGGGAAAAGAAACAAAGACAGCGACAGUGAAUACAGUUAUAGAAGUGUCUACAGUGCUGGUGGCACCAAACAUGUCAGAAGGAGAAGAAAGAGAGCUGAUGGUACUUAUAGUGAUAGUGAGUCCUAUCACAGUGACCAGGAUGCCGAUGGUGAGGCCAGGAGGAGGCGGCGGCGUAGGGAGAGAGCCCAUGGUGCAGACAGUGCUCACAGCUACUACAGUGUGGUCAGUGCAGGAGGGACACGACAUGUGCGAAGGAGAAAGAAGCAUGCAGAUGGAACAUACAGCCGUAGUGUCUCCUAUCACAGCUCUGACAGUGGAUUGGAAGGAGGAGGUCUAAGCAAGAAAAAUAAGAAAAAUGCCAAGAAGAAAAAAGAACAUGGGAGUGAUAGUGAGUACAGCUACUUCAGUGAAACAAGUGAAGGGGGGACUCGGAGAACUAUGAGGAAAAAAAGGAUCAGAGAUGCUGAUGGCAAGGUCAUAGGUCAUGGUAAAGCAGAAUCUUACAUCAGUAGUGAUUCUGAUUCUGAAAGUGUUUACACGGAAGUCUCUGAUGGAAAAGGUGGUAAAAUACGGGUGAAGAAAGAGAAACCAGGACGAGGAAAGAAAGGAAAGAAGCCUGGUGAGAUAUCAGAGGAUGUGGACCUGGAGAACAUGACAGAGGAAGAGAGGCAGAAGUACUUUGAGGAGAAGGCCAAGAGGAAAGCGGAACGAGAGAAGAGGCGGAGGGAGAAAUAUGGGGAUAAAUAUGAUGAAAUGAUGGAGGCCCAUGAAAAGAAAAAGAAAGAGAAGAAAGAAGCAGAAGAGCGUGCCAAAAAAGGGAAAGGAAAAAAUGGAGAUGAUAGUGAAAGUGAAUAUGAAAUUGAUCCAAUCACUGGGGAAAAGAAGAAAAAAAAGAAAAACAAGAUAGUAUCUGAUGGAAAAUAUACUUAUGAAUACGAUGAACAAGGCAGAGUCAUUAAAAAAACAAGAAUUGGUGCUGGUGGUGAUGACAGUGGUUCAGAAUAUGAGUAUGAAUACGAUGAACAUGGAAACUUGAUCAACGAAAGAAAGAAGAAAGGAAAUAAACCUGGGGAUGGUGAUGAAGAGUUUGAAUAUGUCUAUGAUAAAGAUGGAAAACUCAUCAAGAAAAUUAGGAAAGGAAAGGGUGGUGAUGACAGUGGCUCUGAGUAUGAAUAUGAGUAUGACGAACAUGGAAAUAUUAUCAAAGAAAAAAGAAAAGGAAAGAAACCUGGAGAGGAAGACAAAGAAUAUGAGUAUAUAUAUGACAAGGAUGGGAAACUGAUAAAAAAAGUGAGAAAAGGAAAGGGUGAUGAUGAUGAAGGCUCAGAGUAUGAAUAUGAAUAUGACAAAGAUGGUAAUCUAAUUGGUACCAAGAAAACCAAAGGGAAACCCAACAGUGCUGGAUCAGAUGAUGGAAACUAUUUUGAAGUGGAUGAGAAGGGCCAGAUAAGACUGAGGCCAGGCAGAAGAAAGAUUGACUUGUCCAAAUUGACAGAUGAUGACCUGAGGAAAUUAGGUAUUGAUCCUACUCUUUCUAAACAAGAGAUAGCCAGACUGCUGAAGCAAAAGUUUGGGGAUGAUAUCGAGAUUUUUGAUGAGAAACAAAAAGUUGGCACCAAGAGACUGUCAGAGUAUGGAAGUGACGCUGACACAGAUGACCUGGCAAAUGACAGUGACUUGGACAUUACUACAUUAAAGGGCACAAGAAGAGUGAAUGUCCUAAUGAAGCGAGGUGGACAGGUCUUGCUUGACCACAUGAAGAGAGUCCUUGACCAGUCCAAUCUCCAGGAUGACACAUAUGCAAAGGACCUAGAUGAAAGAGAUGGUGAUAUUGACUUUCUGUCUCACUACAAGCUAGUAGAUGGCAGGAAGCUGGAAUCCUAUGCCAGGGCAUUUGUUGUAGAAGAUGAAGACUUUGACACAGUCAUUAGGUCACGGGAAACUAAACAAGCUAUUGAAGGUGUGGCCAGUGUCAAUCAUAUCACUCCUAAGCAGCUGGAAUAUGUUUUUAAAGUACUUAAAAUUGAUGAUGCUUCUCAGGUGACUUUCAGAAUGUUUGCAGUUAUUUCAUCAUUGUGUGAGAGAGUCACUCAAAUGGAUCCAGUGAGUAAGCAUCUUCUGGAAAUUUGUGAUCUCUUGGAUAUCGAGCGUAAGAUGACUCUCUACAAGGCCAUGUUCUAUACCAAUGUCAAAGCUGAUAGAGAUCCCAACUUCAUCAAAGCUGACUCACUGAAAAUUGAAUUGAUAGCUGGUGGCCUGAAUUGGAAGCAACAAGAAUUUAUUAUAGAGAAGCUGCAGCCAAAUUAUUACAACGAGAUUUCUUUCCUCGACUACAUCUGUUACAUUCCUUUGUUCCUCUCUAUGCAUGACAACAUCAUUGAUAACCCACUUGACAUGAACAACAACAAAUAUGAACACAUGCUGCGUAGACCUUCUGGGUUGCCUCGCCAGAGAGAUAAUAACCCAUUGGGGAAUCCCCUAAGCAGGGACUCCAACUAUCAGAACAAACAACUUGCCCGUGACUUACUGGAAGGUAAAAUUGACGUCAGUGAAAUCAAGGCAGAGAAAAGGGAACUGAUAAACAAAUAUACAACGUUGCCAACAUUACUUCAAGAAGACAAAGAAAUCUCAAAUGUUUCUGAAGCUGCCAGGAAAACUUCCAGAUGAUGGGAAUUAUUUGUCCACUUCUUCAAAUUUUCUUUAAAGAAAUUUUCUUUUCUAAAUCUACCUACAGCCAUUCAUAGGUCUAUAACACCAGAUCAUGUAUGUCUUUCUUAUUUUAUUUAAAAAGGAGUAACGUAACUCACUUUCAGUUCCAUUGGAACAGGAAUUGAAGAAAUCAGUAUUAUUGUGGCCAAAAUUUGUAUGUUCAUUGCUGUAUUGAAUGUGUAUAUAGUAAUAUUCAUUUUGUCUAACCUAUAAUAAAUUAUGAUGUUGUGUGUCUUUUGUAGACCUUGUACUAACAUUUGUUCAAAGUUAAAUUACAUAAAAAAUGUUAUCCUAAAAAGAA